UCGUCUCCCUUUCGUCCUCUCUUUCCAUUAACUCCGCCCCGCCCUCGUGUGCGUGUUAUCUAUCCACCCAUCGUUCCGCCUCCCUCUCGCCGCUCGCCGCAUCGCUUUUUAGGGUUUUCUCGCUCCUCCUGCUCCCCUCUAACGCACGCGCGUCGACGAGCCCGUCCCGGCAGCAGCGCACCAGUCCGCCGCCGACACUCACCACAAGGAGUGAUGGGGAACAGCGACGCCGCAUCCCCCGCAUCGGCGGCCGCCGCGCGCGACGCCAAGAAGAAGAGGGGGAACCGCUCGGCGGCGAAGCUGAAGCAGAGCAAGCGCGAGACGCGCCGCGGGCAGUUUCUGUCCAAGGGGCAAGGCAACGAUGGCAAUGAUGCCAAGGUUGCAACUUCACCAACAGGAGCAGGUUCAAAUGCUGGCUCACCCAUCCUUGCUUCCCCGCACCCUCCACUUCCUCGUCGCCGGGUUGAUUCCAGAUCAAGGGGUAGUGAUCCGGAGGACAGGGAGGAGGCUGGUGCUGCUGGCCUUGAGGUAGACGGCAGUGGCCUUGACUCCCCAGGCUCAGACAAGUCCCAAGGUGGUGACUGCCAUCAGAGGAAAGGGUUCUCUGGCAAUGGCGGUGGCCGCAGCCUCAGCAGUGGAAGCAGUGUUUGGUCCAGCUCAAGGAGUGUGAGUGAUGCUGAGGAGGAUACCGGCGGCCCUGAGGAUGAGAGUGAAGUCUUCGAUGAUUGGGAAAUGGCUGCUGAUGCGCUUUAUAUCGAUGACAGUUCUUGUAACCAGAGUUCAGGUCCCACACCCACACCCCCACCAGCUCUGACCACUGCAGCACCUGCCCAUGCAGCGAGACCAGAACCGAUUCGAAGCAAGACAAGGGCUUGGGCACCAGAUGACAUAUUUCGACCCCAAAGCUUACCCAGCAUAUCCAAGCAGGCCAGCUUCCCAGCAAGCAUCGGUAACCGCUGGCCGGAGAUGGGAAUGAGCGCUGCGCAGCAGGGAAUUCUUUCAUUGCCGCUGUCGUGCCCCAUUUGCUGCGAUGAUCUUGACCCGACGGAUUCGAGCUUCUGCCCCUGCCCUUGUGGGUUUCACAUGUGCCUCUUCUGCCACAACAGGAUCAAGUUGGAAGAUGGGCGCUGCCCAGGUUGCAGGAAGCAAUACAACACAGUUUCUGCAGCAGAAGGCGUCGGCGGUGGAGGUGGUGCAAAAGCAGCAGUUGGGACUGGACGAGAGAUGGAGAAGCGGCUAUCCCGUUCGUGUAGCAUGGGUCCAAGUUACUAGACUGCCAGGGUUAUACUAGUUCUAUGUUGUAGCUCUACCCCAUUGCAUGUUACUAUCAGAUAUGCUUGUUUUUUGCGUAUCGUCUGCUUUUGGUAUAAAGAAAUGUGAAUAUCGGAAUAGGUGCUGAAUCCAUAUAGACUUGUCCAGAAACUCAUCUGUUUUAGACUGUUCCCGUUGCAUGUGAUGCAUAUGUUGCUGGAGAGGACUGUUUGUUGCUUACAGUUUGUGAGAUAAUAUAUAUGCCAUAUAAGGUGACUGUUAUGUCCUUAUCUAUAA